CGGCCAGUACUCCAGGCUGAUUGACAAAGAGCUAUGCUUUUGAACACAAGAAAUACUGAAAUAACACCUCUAAACACCCUUUAAAAAGUAAAAAAGAGAAGCACGAAGACUAGAUAAAGAGUUGACUGUAGAAUGACAAGCGGUGUUACAUCUCCAGGCGAACAGUACAGUCCUUUAGAUGAAGAUGCUCUUCAAGAUCUUUACACUUGGAUUGACGAGAUCCCAUUGUCGCGACCAAAGCGAAGCAUAGCGAGGGAUUUUAGUGACGGUGUAUUAGUGGCAGAGAUUGUCCAUCAUUACCUCCCCAAGAAUGUUGAACUCCAUAACUACACACCAGCUAACGCUCAGUCACAGAAACUCACGAAUUGGAGCACCUUGAACCGAAAGGUACUUUCUAARCUAAACUACACAAUUCCUGAUAAUACAGUCAAGGCCAUCACCCUUUCCAAGCAAGGCUGCAUAGAACAAGUCCUUCAUGUACUAAGAAUUAAGAUUGACAAGUUUUUAGCCAAGAAGAAGGCAGAAUUACUGCGAGACAAGGACCAAAUAUAUGAUGAGUUCUCACCUAAUGGACCAAUAACUGACCACAGUACAUACAUGUUAAAUGAAGGAUACUUUACUAAUGGUCCAGAGAAUAACUAUGGGUAUGCUUUUAAUACUGGUCCAGUUGAUUUGAAUAGAUUCCCUGGAUAUCCACAUCCACAAGCCGAGGUUACAGGUCACCCAGGAGCGCCGCCCAUUAAACCAUUGUCUGGACCCCGACAGAGUGAAAUAUUAAAYGAGGAACCCAUGAAGGGAAGCAAUGUGAAAUUAAAACAACGAGGGUCURGCCUUGAAAAAGGAAGCCGCCCAACAGUACCCACAAACAAAGGUGGUAAGGUUCCUAAACCUCAGUCAUACCAGGACGUAUCUAAUGAUGAUACAACAGCCUUACGACUCCACCUUGAAGAAAAAGAACAGUCUCUUCUUGCUUCACAAGAAACUAUUCAGAUAUUACAAGUCAAGAUAAGAAGACUAGAACAUCUGCUUCAUCUUAAAGACAUUAGGAUAGACGAUCUUACCAAACGAUUACAGCAAGCCACGCACCCACCACCACGACAGCUACCACCACAACAAAACCCGCCCCAGCCGACCCAUGGUGGGGAACAAAUGCACCCAGCGAUGAUGAAUAUGCAUCAUCAACAACCACUGCCACCACUUCAGCAUCAUCCACAGCAAUACUCUCAAUAUCAGGAUGGGCAUUAGUUUUUUGAUUGGGUAGUUUACAUAGUCUAUUAUAUAAUAUACCACAGUGAGGUGGCCAAUGAAAGGGCUCCUGCUCCGUUCCUUCUCUGACAAAGUCAUCAUUCAACAAAAUGAAAAAAUGGGAAGAGGAAAAUGAAAAGGGGGACAGGCUAGCAGGCUA